AUGGAAGAUAUGUCGAGAGUGGUGCAAGCCCUCCAAAGACAGAAUUUCACAGAUGCCUAUAUGGAGAUUCUGGAAUGCAACCAUGGUGAUGGUGAUCGAGGUGGAUUGGAAGAGCAGUUGGUUCGUGCAUUGGGUUUGAAUGGUGGAGGAAAUAAAAUUGAAGUUGCUGAUUUUUAUGGAAAUAUGCAUGCAGAGAUUAUUUAG